AUGGCACAGAGUCUUCUGAAACUACCCUGGUCUAUGCCUCUAUGGCACACCAUCGACACGGGUGUGGAGUUAUCCGGCUACCACGAAGAUUGGAAGGACGUGGAGAAGAUGUGCCGCAACGCCAUUGAUCGCAGCUCUGGUCAAUUGGUCGAUAUCUCGUGUGUAUAUGGCAGUAACGACCUCCUUAAGUACGUCGGUGACAGAUGCAAUGGUAUCAGACGACUAACUUUGCAUUGGUGCUCUGGAAUAAUAGAUGGUGUUUUGAAUGAAGUAGCUUAUAAAUUUCCACUAUUGGAGGAGAUUCACCUGUUCAAACUUGAUAGAUGCUCACUCUCGCCUAAAACUCUGGAGAUGAUUGGGCGAUCAUGCCCUAUUUUGAAAUCAUUCAAAUGGUACAAAAUCAUAUGCAAGAGUACUGUUAGAGGUGGACAGGAUGAUGACUACGCAAAGGCUAUAGCAGGAACCAUGCGGGGUCUACAGCACCUCUCACUUUCUCGGUUAAAUCUGACUAAUAACGCUAUGAAGGAAAUUCUUGAUUAUUGUCCUUACCUCGAGUCACUUGAUUUGGGCUAUGUUUUUCGUGGAAGGUUUUGGAUUCGUAAGAGGAGAUUUAGAAACAAGAAUGAAGGAAAAAAAUCAAAAUUUGUAGCUGCCUUAUCCAGUGAUGGCCUAGGUGUAUAUUGA